GAUAGGCGUAUGCUACAAGUUUCAUUUCUGCACACGAAAGAAACACGAACUCGUUUGUUGAACAGAAAAUCGACUGGUGUUAUCGUAAUAAAAGCCUGUAAUUGUUAUAAAUCAUCUUUAAUAGUUCUUAUCCGAGGGCUUGGCUAGCGACCAAAAAUAAGUUUAUUUCCGAGACCUUUUGUGUUGGCUGCGCAGCGGAAGAGAACUUCUGUAACUACACGUCUGCAAGCAUUGAAGAGAACAUGAGUGACGAGGGUCGACCUCAAGUUGAACUUUUUGUGAAGGCGGGGAGCGAUGGGCAGAGUAUAGGGAACUGUCCCUUCUCACAGCGUCUCUUCAUGGUGCUGUGGCUGAAGGGUGUCACUUUCAACGUCACCACCGUGGACAUGAAGAGAAAGCCCGACAUCCUGAAGGACCUGGCUCCCGGAGCUCAGCCCCCCUUCCUGCUAUACGGGACAGAGGUGAAGACCGACACCAACAAGAUCGAGGAGUUCCUGGAGGAGAACCUCUCCCCCCCCAAGUAUCCCCGCCUGGCCGUCCGAAACCCCGAGUCCAACACCGCCGGCAUGGACGUCUUCUCCAAGUUCUCUGCCUACAUCAAGAACUCAAACCCGCAGCUGAACGACAAUCUGGAGAAGGGCCUGCUGAAGGCUCUGAAGAAGCUGGAUGACUAUCUCAGCACUCCCCUCCCUGACGAAAUCGACGAGAACAGCGCUGAGGACGUGACCACAUCGUCCCGCGCCUUCCUGGACGGACAAGAACUCACACUGGCAGACUGCAACCUGCUGCCCAAACUGCACAUCGUCAAGGUGGUGUGUCUGAAGUACCGUGGUUUCUCCAUCCCUCGCUCACUCACCUCCCUGUGGAGGUAUCUGGACGCAGCGUACGCGCGAGAGGAGUUCUCUUCCACCUGCCCCAACGACUCUGAGAUUCACAUCGCAUACGCCUCUGUGGCUAAGGCACUCAAAUAGGAACACUCACACACUCACACAUACAUACACACACACACACACACAUACACACUUACACA